AUGCAUUUUAAAAACGUUUUCUGUUUUGUACCCGGUUAUUUUUCUUUGUUUUCGGUUAUUUUUCUUUGUUUUCGGUUAUUUUUCUUUGUGUCAUUUUUCUUUGCUCCCGGUUAUUUUCUUUGUUUCUGGCCAUUCGUUUCCUUUUUUCUUCCUUUUCAAAUCAAAUCUGACCUUUUUUCCUUGAUUAGUGAAUAUUAUAAAUUCCAUUUGUUACAAUCCAUUUUUCUCUCACAAAUUUUUUUGUACACAGCCUUCCUUUUCUCUUUCUUUACAUUGUUUUUUUGUUUUCUUUUUUGUUUUCUUUUGUUUGUUUUCUUUCCUUCUUUUUUCUUCAUUUUUUCUUUGUUUUCUUUCAUUUCUUUUCCUUUUUCUUCGUUUUUCCUUUAUUUUAUUUUCUUCUUUUCUUUUCUCCGUUUUUUCUUUUCUUCAUUUUUAUUUUCUUUUCUUUUUUCUUCGUUUUUUCGUUUUCUUUUCUUCUUUUCUUUUCUUUUUUCUUUUUCCUUUUCUUUUCUUCGUUUUCUUCUUGUUAUUAUUUUCUUUCUUUCUUUCAUUCGUUCUUUCUUUAUUCUCCACCCGAUCAAUCUUUUUCUUACUACAUCCAUUCCAUUAAUAUCCUUCCUUCCUUCUUUCCUUCCUUCCUUCUUUCUUUCCUUUAUUUCUUUCUUUCUUUCUUCUCAAUCACUUUCUCAUUAUUUCCACUCUCUUAAUUCUUGUUUGUCAGUUUCUUUCUUUCUUCUCAAUUACUUUCUCAAUAUAUCCAUUCUCUUAAUAUUCUUUCUUUCUUUCUUUCUUUCUUUCUUUCUUUCUUUCUUUCUUUCUUUCCCUUCUCUAAAUAUUUUUCUUUCUUUCUUUCUUUUUCCGUCUAUACUCUUCAUUCUUUCUUAUUCUUUUAUUCCUUUUCUCCUUUACUUCUUUUUUAUUGCAUUCUCUUCUCCCUUCUUUUCUUCUUAUUUUUGCAUUUGUCUGUUAAUUAAACGUUUCCUUUUCAUUAAACUCGCUCUUUUUCUUUACGUUCUUUCCUUUUGUUUCCUCUUCUUCCAUGAUCUGUUAUCCUCUUCUUUAUCAAUUUCUUCCUUGUUCUGUUCACCUCUCUCUUUAACAAGUUCUUCUUCUCUUUGCGUUCGCAUUUGCCUUUCAGCUUGCAAUUCGUACGUUAUCUUACCGUUUUCUUUAUAA